AUUCGAAACUAAUAGAUAUUUUUAGUUUUCUGUUCAUUCGGAAUGUUGGUAAACUUUUAAGCUUUUCACCCAAGAAACCCAAUUUUGUGACACAUUUUGUGUAAAUCCAUACACAAUAUGUGAUAUUAUGAUAGAUUUUAUCCUAAUCUGUAAAUUUUAGCAAGAUGGAGUUGAUAUUCUACACUGGGUCCAGCAUAACUUGAUCCGCACGAGCAGCAACAUGGGUACAGGGAUCCCUCUUCUGAAUGAAUACAAGCAGGAAUUCUUCGCCAAGAGAUUUCCACAGACCAUUCUUGGGGGCCCGAAACUCCGCCUUGGCUAUGAUGCUCCAAUUUACGUGUAUAUAAACCAGGUCCUCCUGUUCAUUAUUCCAUUCAUUCUUGGUGGUGUGGUCACACUGCUUGUUGAGUUGAACACAAUCAAUGAUGUGACUGGUGUCAUUCUGUUUGGAUGUCUGAUGCUGAUCGUUGUAAUUACUAUUCACAUUGUCACCACUAUUGUACAAGUUAAAUUUACUCCAGAUCUACCAUACCCUACGAAAAAGAAUCUCCUGGCAGAGGAAGAUGAGAUAGAUUUUGUGUCAUGUUGUGGAGUAGAAACUGUUGAGUUUGUCAUCCCAAGAAAAAAGUUUAUUGCAAACAUUGCCAUUCAUGCUGUGAUAUCAGGUUGUAUGUGCAGCCUUGCCCUGUGGUAUCUCUUGCCCACCACACUAAAUGGACUGUUCAGCAACAAUACAGGGGCCACUGUGGUUCUAUUUAUUUUUGGCUGGUUCACAGUGCUGGUGGCCCAAUAUCCACUCACUGUGGCAGCACCACCAGAGCCUGCUACCUAUAGGACGAUGGACAGGUGGGAGUUAUCUCCCUUGACCAGGCCCUUUUAUGUUCUCAUGUUUUCAGCGUUUGAUCUUUUGUACAGAUAUGAAAGCCAGAGUACAUUUCUAACUACAAACCAAGCCCUUCAUGUUCUGUUUGUGUUUCUGCCUGUGUUGUGGACCUGUGGGUUCUUGCCCCCAGUGGACUGCUUCUUCCUGUGGAUGGGGGAACAGAUCCAUGUCUACCUCCUGGGAGGAUCCCCAAUGGCUUCAGAUCUCAGGCUGGGGGUCCUGUUGACAUUGUCGGUGUGCGUGUACUUGGGAGCUUACUUCCUGUCCCAGUGUCUCGGUACUGUCCUGCUGUCAGCUCUUUGUGGUUAUCUACUGAGUAUUGAUCUCGGAGGGCUGGGGAACCAGAUUAUCCUCACCUGCAGGAACAGGAACAAGGUUUCAGAUGACCAAGGGGCCAUUGCCAUGGAAACAGGGGUCAAGGGGUUUUUGUGGAGAUGGGACAUAUUUCAGUUCUUAUAUCAUCUUCUGAUGCUGGCACUAGUAGGGACCAGUGCGGGAUUGUUAAAUUUGAACUCCCACACGCUCAGUGGAGAUGUAUGGAAGAUCCUUGGAUAUGUCACAAUUGGUCUUUGUGUUGUGGAGAAAAUUGUGAGAGAUAUUCAGAAUGUGUACAUAUUUUUUGGGUUGCUGAGAAAUCGACUGUUUCCCAGUUCAGCCCGGAUCAGCAAACCUUAUCUCAACAGAAUGAGGAUGCUGAAACCUUUAGGGAUUGUGCGGAGGAUUAUUGUCAACUGGGUGUCCCCACUGACCAUGUUGAUGUACUCAUCUUUGCUGGUGACCAGUAGUGAGCCAUCCUCUGUAUCAGCCACUGCCACUCUCAGUACUGUCACGGCGGUGUGGUAUAUCUUCGGUGUAGUCCGUGUCUUCAGGACCAUUUGGCAGAGUACAGUCAACAGUCUGUUGGAGCUUUCUAUUGCACACAUCUUUCUGGUUAACGUGACGUCAACUUCUGACCUCAUGCUUUUCCCCAUUCUUUCUCUGUUGAUUGGUCUGUGUCGAGACAGAGCCACUCAGUUCCUGAACAAACUUUAUUUCUGUGUGACCAUCCUAAUCACCUCCUGGACUGACAAGAAACAGAGGAGAGGAUCCACUGUGGCGUUGAUCGGUGUGUCUGUGUUCCUGUUUCCUCUUGUCUUCAGUAUGGUGUCCUUGGCAUCUAUCCUGUCUGCCCCCCUUCUUCCACUGUUCACCCUUCCGCUGUUUGUGAUGGGGUUCCCUCGACCCAACAAGUUCUGGCCUGAGGAGGUGGGGGCAUCUGCUAAUGUGAAUCCUGACACAAUGUUCUACAAACAGCUGACUCCUGUACUGAGUGGAGCACUCAGAACAGCUUUUGCAGAUGGAAGAUUAGGUGAGGCGUGUGUGGGAAACCACUACCUGGUGCGAUACCAAGAUCGCCUGGUGUGGAUCAUGAUCCUGGAGCGAGGGUCUGGCUACUGCUCAGUCAAUAUUAAGGGUCUAGAGCUCCAGGAGACGUCCUGCCACACCGCUGAAGCCACCCGACUAGAUGACAUAUUCGAGGAGGCAUUUCCCGAGGAUCUUGGCUGUUUUCCAUUAAAUCAUUAUCCACUUCACACACUAACUCUAGUGGAUAUUGAACCUAUUAAGACAUAUUCAGAUGCCCGCAAUGUUCUUACUGGAAUUAUAGACCAGCCAGGAAGUUUUGAUGUCACCAUGUCUUCAUUUAUAAAGAGCCUUGUGUGGGUACUGUUGCAUCAUGUGAAUAAAUUAAAACUUAAAGAACACAGUAAAAAGAAAGAAAAUGUGAGUAAGGGGACAGGAAGUGAAAAUAAUAACAAUAUAUCAGGGAGAAUUUCAAAAGCUUCUAUUCAUCAUAAUGACAAAGCUGUGAUAGCCAUGGAGACUUAUGCAGGGAGGCCCUCCUCCUCCAAACAGAACAAAAUGAACUCGUCCUGGGGUUCGCUGGGCAGUUUUACAGACAGUAUUUUUUCUGAGGAUGAGUUUACAGAUAGAAAGAAAACAAAUACAAAGAAGCAGGAGCCAAAAAAAUCUGUGUCUCCUGCCUUUGGAGCACCUGCUUUUGGGGCACCUGCCUUCCAAGCACCUGCUAAGACUACCAACAAGUUUGAUGAUGACAUUGAUGAUUUAAUGAAUGACUUUGAGCUAGGACUACCAGUCUUAGACAAAAAUAAAAGGACAGCAGGAACUGUCUCAAAGUUUGAUAGUAAAAAGGCGAACAAUGGGAUAUUCAAACCAGUGACAAAUUUAGCUGGUUCCCCAGACUUUAAAUGCUCUCAUUCUGUGCAUGUAAGUCUGCCCCAGAAAUGGCGAGAGCUACCCCUGGAGUCUUCACAGGUAUCUCGAUAUUUAGGAAAAUUCCCCAAAGAGUGGUUUAAGUAUGUCUUGGGGACCCUGGAUUGGUCUUGCGUGGAGGGACCUGUUGACCAGGUCAAGGAUCAGGUCGCCAGUGACGAUGUACUCAUCAACUGUUACUCUCAGCUGGUCAUGGCCUGUUACUCAAUAUUUGAAGCGAACUCUGCGAUGGGAGGGGCCAACACAUUAUAUAAGUUCUACAAUGGAGACCUCCCAUGGAAUGCGAUGUUAGACUGGCUGUCAGAGGACAAGGUGCUUUAUAAGUUAGUCCUCAAGGCCUACAGGUAUGGCUUUAAGAUGAUGCUGGACCAGACUCUGAUGGGAGAGGCCACCACCCCAGAGGAGAUACAGGAAUACCUGACUGAGUUUGACAGUGACUGGUACAUCGGUCUGGAGAAAGAGGAGGAAUGGAAGUCCUCUGUCCUCAACUCUGUCCCCAACUUGUUCUCCCUGGGUCACAACAAGGCACAGGGUACCUACAGUAGCCGUCUGUUGACCUUGCAAGAGGAGAUGGUGUACAUCGGACGUCUGAACAGUGAGGCUGUGAAAGGUCAAUGGGCCAACCUCAGCCUGGAGCUUCUGUAUUUCACCAAUGAUGAUGAGGAGCGCUACAGCAUCCAGGCUCACCCCACCAUCCUCCGAAACCUUACCGUGCAGGCCGCGGACCCACCCUUAGGCUAUCCGAUCUUCUCUUCCCAACCCAUCACAAUCCCCACAGUGUAACAAAUCAUAAUUUCCCAACCCAUUGCUAUCCCCACAUUGACACCAUCUUCUCUCCUUCCCACCCACCCCAGUGUGACAACCAUCUUCCAACCCAUCACAAUCCCCCUUUUGUGACAAAUCUCAGACUGCCUCAUCUUCUCUCAACCCAUCACUAUUUGCACAGUGCAACAUACUGUGGACACCACCAAACAACAUUUUGUGGACUUGGUUCUGACCAUGUGAAAUUUAUAUGGACAGUUAAUGGAUAUCCUAGGUCUGAAAAGACUGUCUAUUGUCUGCAGGUUUGUGUUAGAUACAUCCCUUUAGUGCUGAUAAUCUAGUCUCCUUUGUACCUACAGAGUUCCUCUUCCACUUAAUUCAGUGUGUACAUUCUGCAGGCUACAAGCAAAACUUUACUUGAAGUAAAGACUUUGAGAUCUGCAUUUAUUUUUACUAUUUAAUAGAUACAGUAAAACUUGCUUAUAGGGGAUUCCUGGUGACACCUUUAUUAAUUCCUUAUACUGUAUUUAGAUUUUGUUAUGAUAAUAUUUAAAAAAUACAUGUAUGUAAACAUUUGGCACCAAUCGUAAUGCCAGACUACCCAAUUAAUGUAUUUCAAUAAAGUAGCCUUUGCAGUUUUAUGGCUGUUGUACCAAAUUGAGUUAUGAUUACAGAAAUUUCUUGAAUUUGACGUUGCUAAAAUAUUUUCUUUAGAAAUCACAAGGUAUGAAUGCCACAUGGUGAGGAUACAAAUUGUCCAUUUGUUCUUCUCACCAUGCAGCAGUCCUACCAGCAUGAUUUGCAUGAGAUAAUGCUUCAAUGCUGAAGUAAUCAGGGUUCCUUUUAUCAUUAAAUGAAUGUAUUUAACUAUUAAUUGUGGUUACUAUUUCCACUUCCUUAUAACCCAGAUUUCUUUUUUACUGAGUUCUUAAAAUAAGCAAGUUUUACUGUGUGUGUUCUGUGGGUGUUUAAUAGCAAGUUUUAGAAAUAAGCUGUUGUUUAUUGUUUUUAGAAUGAGGACUGAACACACUCUAAAGUUGACCUCAAAUGAUGGACACAAUACUGUGUGUCUGAUAUUUUAUAUACAUGUACUCAAGCCUCUGUAUUUUUUAUUGCUACAAAUAACUGCAGUGCAUCUGUAAUCUUUGAAAACUAUUGAACAGACUGUUGAACAGAAAUGCAUGAACUGGUUAUACCAGGUACAUUGUAUUUCAAUGCAGUGUAGUUUUAUUGCCAGGGGUAUUGAUUGGUGUUAUACAUUACAUAAUGGCAUUUUUAAUGUAUAGGACAGUUCUGCCAAAAUUUCAGUUUGGAAUUUCCUCUGACAAAUUUCAACAAUCCUUUUCCAAACAUUUUUAGAUACACACUAAAUUAAUUUGCAGAUAAGAGAAACAUUUUGCAAGGGCUAUUAUGAUUUUUGUAGCAAGAAUAAGUAUUUUCGGAAAUAACCUGCCAGUGUGUUUUUUUUUUUAAUCAAACUGAAUACAAUGAAGUCUAAUGUAAAUGUUGCACAGUCUGAAAUGUUGUGUAAAUCGUACACAUAUUUUGCUGCAGACAUUGAUGUGAAUACUCUGUUUUGUGUAUAUUACCUAAUUCAAAGAUUAUUUUUUCUGGUCAUGUCCAGAUAAAACAAACUAUUGUUGUGCCUUUUUGCAUGUUGGAGUGAUUUGGCAACAUUUUAAGUCUGUGUCGGUUUUUGAUGACACACUAUUUUGACAAAGAGAUGUAAAUUGCAAUUCAGAUGUUUAUAAAAAUGUAUGAUUAUAGAUUUUUGAUAAUGUAGAAUUAUCCUUAAAUUCCUGGAGCCAAACAGGGACAGUGUUCUGAAUAUAAAACAUAUAUGUGCAAAAUAUUUUACUGGGAGAACAUAUUUUUAUGUGACUUUAAAAACAAAACACAUAGUUUAAUUUUAAGAUAUUUUUGUGGCCAAUGGAUAAAUCAUAAUUAUACACAGACACGAAGUGCAUCUGACAGUCAAAACUGUUAGUCAUACAGAUCUAGCAACAUCAUAUUUUUGCAAUAGAAAAUACCAGGAUGUAGUGUGAAUAUUGAGAUUAUUUCUCUCCAUUAGCUCUGCUUGUUAAAGUUUCAAACUUGCAUGCAUUUACUGUGCAGUAUAUGGGAAAUUUUAGCUCCCGUUUUAUUUUCAGUCAUUUCGUUUUCAUUCUGAAUAUGCAAUCUCAAAACAGGGUGGCUUUAGAUUUACCCAUUACACUUAGUAGUCCGAAUAGUUUCAAGAGAAUUACAAAUGGGACAAAAGUAUUUUUCUCAGUGUUUGGCAAAAUUAGCAUGGGGGGGGGGGGGGACUUUUGGCAUACCAUUUUUAUUUUGUAUUUUUAUGUAUUUUGUAUCCUGUGUAAGAAAGCAGGUUCAUGUGAUGUCAGGUCAGAACUUGGCCCUUGCGUGAUAAAACUUAGAUAUGCUCACUUUUGACCCCAAGUCUCACUUUACAGAGGGAACAUAGUGAAAAAGUGAGUCCGAGAUAAAAGAAAAUUAAGCCUGCCUACGUUUUAUGGCCUUAUGAUCAGAUUACUGUUAUGACUGUAUUAGAUUUGACCGACACCAUUAGGCACUAGCAUUAGAUCCGACAGACACCACUAGGCACUAGCAUUAGAUCUGCUCUACACGAGGAUUAUAUACCCACUUCUUUUUACGUUUUUGAGGCUUUCAUAAUUUCCGUCCACAAUUGAAUCUUGUGUUGUUACUGUUCAAUAUUUUAUCUGAUUUCCAUGACUUUUUGCUAAUUUUAUGCAUUUUAAUUGAUGUGAAACAAAAUGGUUGUAUUUAUUCCCUUUUACAAUUACAACACUUCUGUUCUUCAGGCACGUUAGUUGACGGUGAAGGGAUAUAUGCACCAAAUCUCUCACUGUUUGAUAAAUGACGAAACUUGUGGAAAUUCAGUUCUUCCAUACAUUGUUGAAACAAUAAUAACAAACGUGUUGCAAGUGAAUCCAGUUUUGAUGAUUACGGUGGGAGGUAACAGCAUUGUCUAUUUUUAUAUCUAUUAUAAUUUAGAGUGUUAUACAUUGUGUUAUAUCUGUACUGUAUGUGUGUUAUUUCUAGUCUUAUCAUAAUAAAUAUCUGUACUGCA